AUGAUCGAUGUUGAACAUUUUGUGGUUUUUCAAAUUGACAAAUUGCUGUGGUCUCGAUAUUAUGGAAAUUUGAUGGCUGAUAACAAAAAGCUGGAUUUUGCAAAUUGUGUCGAUUCGGUUAUCAAGGAACACCAUAAAAAACCGGGCGUUCUCCGCCAAAACGACGAAAACUGCAUGCCACAUUUAUCACUUUGCCCAUUAUUUUUUUUUGGAGCCGGAAAUGCUGAUAUUGUGGAUUUUUGCAACAAAAUAAUGGGCGUACCUCCAUUCGUAGAAACGACGAAACCAAAUUCAACAUGUGGAUCUUGGGAUUUUGGAUUCGAAUUCAAUUUCUCAUUGUGA